UAGUCAUCAACUGUAAUGCUGUGUGCCCAUAGACCUGGAAAAGCAACCCAAAUGAGCCUAAAUUAAACAUCGAAAGCUUACUUCUAUUCAUAUUAUUCAAUCAUAGACCGACAUGGAAACAACAAUCGCACGCUCUAGGAUUGCAAUGCUCAAAAUCUAAUCCAAAUCAACCAAAUUCCAUUAGGAGGUAACAAACUAAAUUCCAAACCCACAUUUCCUCCAUCUUUAUAACAUAAGACAGUCACCAAUAGCACCCCAAUUGAAAUUGAACAGCCUAGACCAUAAUGAUCUCUAGUUCUCAAUUCCAUGCUCUCACAAGGAUCAGGAAUCAAUAAAUUCUACCACUCCACCAACAGGAGCUAGCCUAACAAAGGUGACCAAUUUCCAAGAUCAACGAAAAUUCCCAACGAUGAAUCGCGAAGAACUAGGAAAUACGGACCAUGGCUAAUGCUGGUGCGACCGGGAGAUUUGCAGUAACCGCAAGAGCUUUUACACCGGCCACAAUCAACGACCACCGUCUCUCCCCGGCUGCUGCCGCUGCUGCUGCUACCACUGCUACUUCCCGCCUCGCUUCUCCUCAUCUUCCCUGCCAUUUCUCUCUGUCACGAUUCGCCAAUCAUCAACAACUCUUCACCAGCUACAACGGCAAGAAUUACCGAGACGGCGGCGAAUCGCUUUGCUUUCUCACCGUAGGUUCACGUCUACCGACCGGAUUUGAGGGAAUUGAAGAACAGUUCGAGGUUGAGGGAUUGCACGAACGGAAAUCUUGAGGGAGAAGCGACGAGACGAGACGAGAGAGAAGGCGUUACAUCAAUUAUUUCUUUCCUGUGGGCUGUGCCUAUGGAUUGGAAAUUUCUUAGUUCAUCUAUUUUCGUUUCCCAUUUUGAAAUAUUCGGUAUUUGCAAGUAGGUCCCUCUUUUGGUUUUCUUACGUGACGUCAAAUCCCACUUGACGGCCACAUUUUACUCGGAGAACAAGUGAAUGAUGCUGAAAGGGGGAUUAAAUUUAAAAGUUUUGAUUCAGUGAUGGUACUAUUGCAAAUUGUUAAUGUUUACGUUUUGGGUCCUCUUUUUGUUUCUUAGUCAAUUAUUUAACUGGGCCGUAACCCAAGUGGGCUUUAUAUAUUCACUAUUUAUUAACGUCGCAACCAUCACGCCGGAAACGGAAGUGGGCUCGAUUUGGAAUGGUUUGGUUGAAGACUUUUGUUAAAUAAAUAUUGUUAAUAUUU